AUGAUGCUACAAUAUCGAGACCUGGUCAAGCUUAAAACAAAAAAGAUUGUUUUUGAAGAUGUAAUAGCCGCACGUGAUUCUGCUACACUAGAGCAUCUGAAAGAGUUGAGCUCCAAGCGUUGGGUAAUUGAGGAGUCUAUUAAUCAGACUAGUUUCAUUACUGAGGCUAUUGCUAGAGAAAUAUCUGGUGGCUUGACGUCUCGUUGUGAGCAGGAACGUCUCAAAUUAGAACAAUAUCUACCGUUAUUGGAAAAUUUCAUCUCUCAUGCUGAUUUGAUUAGCAGCAACAGCCAGAUGGUUCAAUGGACUUCACAACUCAAGAUCCGAUGGAGCAGUGCUCUUAGCUCAUCAUCUUUCUUUGACCUAAGAGGUCCAAAGUUUUUUCAAAUUGAUAAUUUGCGAUUUGAGCUUGUUAUGAUCCUUUUCCUGUAUGGAGCAGCACUACGGGAAAGGGCUUUGGAAUUUCUGCCAAUGGAUUUGAAACAAUCAGCCUUCAUCUUCAGGGAAGCUGCUGGAGUUUUUCAUUAUCUGGCUCAUGAGGUUGUUCCCUCUUUACAGUCAGCAUUACCUGCAGAAGCUUCCUCAGCUGUGUCUGCUGCUAUGAGUUUCAUUUGUUUGGCUGAGGCCCAGGCUGUAUAUAUAAGGAGGGCAGAGGAAAAAGGUAAUACUGGCUUUGGUGUUCUGGCCAAGCUGCACUAUGGAGUUGUGGAAUUGCUCAGCGAAGCCACAGGUGCUCUACACACAGUGUCUGGAGAUGGCAAAUCUAUUUCAUCACUGUUUUUGGAAUUUAUAUCAUCUUGCAAAGCACUACAUGAGCUACGAAGUAAAAAACACCUCGCAGAAGGUUUAAAGAACGAUGGCCAAGUUGGUGGUUCUGUUGGAGUUCUUCGUGAUGCAUUGAUGAGUUCAAAAAAGAAAACGCCAGGAGAGGAUUCAUGGAAAGCUGUCUUUAAAAAGGAAAUUGAAAGUGUUGUAAAUACACUAAGGAAAUUCGAACACGAGAAUGAAUUUGCUUGGCAUGAAAAGAUUCCUUCUGGGGAUGAGUUGCCGUCACCACAAGGUACCAAAAUUGUGGAGAUUGUGCCCUAUAAGCCUCAAAAAUGGGAGAGAGAACUUGCUUUCAAAUUGUAG